CCAAUCCAAGCACCCGCCGGCCGCUGCCUCCUUUCCUUUCCUUUCUCCCCUCAUUUAAAGCGCCCUCCCAGCCCAGGGGUCUCAUCAGUCGGUCACAAGUCGGUCGCUCCAACUCCACCAUCGACUUUUCCACGACCAAACUCGAAAGCUUCCCACCACCUCGCGCCCCGCCGAUCGAAAUGCACAGGCUCAGCCUCUCGCCGUCGCCGCAGCAGCAGCAGCAAGACGCCGCCGCCCUCGUCGCUGGCGGAAGCGACGGAUCGGAGGCGACGGCGGUGUGGGUGACCGAGGAGUCGGCGGAGGGCAAGGCCGACAAGGCGCCCGGCGGCCGGUCGGCGAGGUCCAUCCACCUCAUCCCGCUGCUCACCUUCCUCUGCUUCCUCCUCCUCUUCCUCUGCUCCCACGUCCCUUCCGCUUCCGACAUGUCGAGCUUCGGCGGCGGCGGGGGCGGCGGAGAUGGAGGGAAGCCGGCUGGCAACCGGAGGCUGAGGAUGCUAUAAUAACAACUUCUCGUAUCAACCAUCGCCUUUGUUUUAUUUCUACUCCCUUCCUCAGCUUCCAACCGACAAUGCAAUGUUAUUUUCGCUCAGACAUGCAGCAGCACUGAAAUCUGGAAUUGUAUCUUCCCGCCCUUAGUAAUACAUACCAAGAUUAUUGGUCGUUUGAGUUACUAUACUUCUGAACAAAAUUAGGAAGGAACUGCUUGUACAAUGCGUUGAUAGUCUGGUGUGACCCAAAGGUGGAGCAGAUGCAAUUAUGCAUGCCUUAAUUACAGUGUUUAGUGAUGUGAGGUCCCGCGUGAUGGCCCAACAAAGAUGGCCUUAUCCACACUUCAAAUAGCAGCA